AUGGGCUAUAACCCUGCUUCCAAUAAAUCCAUACUUAAGUUUACGGUGGAUGGAAGGCCUAGUGUAGAGGACAUUCAUGACUUAUUCUCGACAUUAAUAUCAAGAAUCAAAUUUUCUUCUCAUAGACAUAUGUUUCGUAACUACUUCAACUCAUUUACUUCAGAAGAAGCAAUCACUGAACUUGGUUCACUGCAAUUCGCACAAUCUUUUCAAUUAGUUGAAUCAGAAUCUGCGUCGCGCAUAUCUGCGAAUGCCCCUACCACAUCUUUUACUAUGAACCGAGAUAUGGCCAAAGCAUUAAUUCAGCAAUUUCUUUGGACUCGAUUGAUAUUAAAUGCAGUUGAGCCUCAAAAUCGUACAUAUCGUGACAAAGGCAUCUGGAAGUUGAGUUCAAAAGGCUUAUGUGUACUUCAAGAGUUUUGCGUCAAGACCAAAGUAGACAUUGCUAAAUUUGCAAGACAUGUGGAUAUGUCUGCUCAGCUCAUGUUUCUUAUUCAUAUUGAACGACUUAAAGAAAACGACCGAUUGAAUUGUAAAAAGAGAUAUAUAUCUUCACUCUUUGCGAUCAUGAUUGCAAGUUUACCUCUUAGAAAAAACGAACAGACUGGCAAAUAUGUACCAGUACAAGCCAUACCAUCUCCACCAUUUGAUCCUACUGAAGAAGACGAUUAUUGCUCUCUCGAUGCUUCGAUUAAUUCAACAUCCACGAGUUCUCGAAAGCUAACAUUCAUAGACUACUUCCCAUAUAUCAAGACUCUACCCAAUGAUCUUCUUGUAUGUGCGUAUGGAAGUAGUCAACAAUUUAGUCAAACAACAAGUUUUCCUCAGCAAGAAUACCUUUUGCAAAACCUAAAACCUGCCUCUAAUAAAUUCCAAAUGCGAGCUAUAUUUACGUCGCUAUUAUGCUGCAAUUGGCUAGUGGAACAUUGCACGGUGGCAUCAAAUGAUGAGGCAGAAAGUAUCAUGACAGAAUUUCUGAAACUGGGUUGGAUCACAUUCUACGACAAGAAAAACAAACAUUGUGACCAAGUUGAAUCUUCCAAAUCUAUUGCGCUCAAUCUGACAAGAGCAGGAAUGAAAGUUGUUAUCGACAUUUCACUAGAAAAUAGUUCAGUAUCGACUGCUUCCGAAACAGGAACGACUUCUAGCUACUUUGAUUUCAAACCUCCAAUGCCUUCUGCUCUUUCGAAUUCUCCUCUUGGGAAUAAAUUUAGUUCUAUUUCUAACACGCUAAAUAACGACGAGACAAGUACUAUUCAUAGUAGCAAGACCUAUGAGAGUCACCAAACCAAUUCUGUCAAACUCACAUCAAUCUUGACGAACCCUCACUUACGAUCUUUGUUCAGAGACUUUCUUGAUGAAAGUUUCUGUGCAGAAAACUUGGAGUUCUGGAUUGACCAUGAUAAUUUUCGUAAACGAUGUCGUCGCCAGAAGGCAAUAGCAGAGGCAGCAUCUUCUUCCACGAGCUUACGUCAACUUUUAGAAGAUGCCUAUCUUCUUUGGGAUACCUAUUUGAAACCAAAAGCUCAUAAUGAACUCAACAUUGACUCUGCUUUACGAGAAAAAAUGGCUGAAGACAUGACAGAGAUGAUAACUAUCGUCAAUACGUCUUUACCUGGUCAAGACAGGUCAACUAUGCUCAUCUCAACUUAUCCUACUAAUCAAACCCUCAAGUCCCUCACACAUUGGCUUGAAAAAGCAAGUGAUCAAGUGUUUAAAUUAAUGGCUUCCCAAUCUGUACCCAAGUUCACUUGUACAACUCAAUACAAAAACUUGUUACAAAAGUUCCAACAACAACAACAAGUAGUAAUAGAAGCAAAUGAAUUCAGAGAAGAUUUCAAGCUACCUCAGCUUCAAAGAAGACAUACCAAGGCACAACGCUCAUCUGAAAUCGCUGCUGGUUUAGAUGAUUUUCCAUGUCCUCCUCAAAGAAGGGAAAAAGAAGUGUUCAAGGAGGCAUUUUAUUCUUGA